AUGGCAGUGAUAGCGUUUUCUGGUGCUUCCACGCGAUCCAGUGGUUCACGACCGCGAUCUGGUGAUUUCAAUAGUCGCGAUCUGCUCCUCAAGCGAUUCCUCCCCUGCUCGCCCCCGUAUGCCAUCGCCUCCCCUGUGAAGCCAACGGCCAGAGACCUUCGCACCCCACAGCUACAGUUAGGAAAUAUGAACAAGUGUGAAGAGAAUAAAAGCUGGGAAAUUAUUCACAUCCCAGAUAAACCACCUUUCCCUCUCCACCAACAACCCACUGUUAAAGUAUAUGCUGCUGUAAUAGAUCCUAAACAUGCCAACACUCUUAAACCUUCAUCAUGUCAAACGAGUUCGAAAACAAGACCUAAUGAAGGAUGCAUACAUUUAUCAGUGAUCUUAUGUUUAGCUGGUGAAAGUGAAAGCCAAUUGGACAAUAUACCUCAAGAGGUGGUGGAGUUUAUAAAUUCCUAUAAGUUGGAAACUUUCAUUACAAAAGUAUGCAAAUAUGCUCCAUUAUCAAAAGAAGAAUGGAUAGAACAAUGCAAAAUAUGGCCAACAUCUUAUCAUCCACCAACCUACAAUAUAAGGGGCAUUACGGGGUUUUCAAAAGAGGAAUCUAACUCUGUUUGCACCUUCAUGAAACAAGCACUUGAUUUGGCAAAAUGUGAAUGCCAGAUGAUGAAUGCUGCUAUUAUCAUUGAUCCUUCAACCAAUGAGGUGAUUGCUGAAGCACGUGAUCAGGUCAACUCUUGCAGCUGUUGUUCCAUAAAUCAUGAAGCAACUUCUCAAAAUCAUGACAAAUUGCUUUUAAAUUCUUCAGCUACAAAACCCAAAUUGUUAAAUUAUGGCAAUGGUGUUUCUUGUUUAAAUCCAUGGAAAUGGUCCAAUCAGAAGUCAUGUGCAUGGCAUCCUUUAAGACAUGCUGCCAUUGUAGCCAUUGAAAAUUCUUCAGUUAGAGAUAAACUUCUUUUUCAUGACAAUGAACAUGUUGCAGAUAAUCUUGAUGAAACAAAUCCUUUGUUAAAGAAACAAAAGAUCAAAUCUAUCCAUGUAAAGAACGAAGAGGAGGUGGUCAACUCUCAGUCAAAUGGCAGACCGUAUCUAUGUACGGGUUAUGACAUUUAUCUUGUUUGGGAACCGUGCGCAAUGUGUGCGAUGGCGCUUGUACAUCAAAGAGUGAAGUGUAUAUUCUUCGCGUUCCCAAAUAAGAGUGAUGGUGCGCUUGGAAGUGUUCAUAGGUUACAAGGAGAGAAAAGCUUAAAUCAUCAUUAUGCUGUAUUUCGAGUUAUGUUGCCUCAAGAAUCCUUUGAUGAAUGUUUAAUGUAGAUUGUUUAUUUAGUUAUUUUGUUUGAUUGUUUUAUUU